UCUUCUUCAGAUAGCCUCUUCUAUGGACAAAGAAGGAUCGUCCCUCAAUCUUGUGGGAGGGAUCCCAGGAGGAGAGGAUACAACCUUCAAGCUUCUUCUGCGCAGAUGAGCCUUUCUAUUGGGAAAGCUCUGAAAUGGUGGAAGAAAGGGAUCCAACCCAAUAUGAAAGAGAUCAAUUCUGCACAAGAUUUUGUGGAUUCCUUAUUAAGCGCUGGAGAUAAACUCGUUAUUGUAGAUUUUUUCUCCCCGGGUUGUGGGGGAUGUAGAGCUCUCCAUCCCAAGAUAUGUCAAUUUGCCGAGAUGAAUCCAGAUGUGCAAUUCCUUCAGGUGAACUAUGAGGAGCAUAAAUCCAUGUGUUAUAGCCUGAACGUCCAUGUCCUACCUUUCUUUCGGUUUUACAGGGGAGCCCACGGCCGACUAUGCAGCUUUAGUUGCACGAAUGCCACUAUCAAAAAAUUCAAAGAUGCACUUGCCAAACACACCACCGAUCGUUGCAGCCUUGGGCCUUCUAAAGGGCUGGAGGAAAGAGAGCUCGUUGCUUUGGCUUCAAACAAGGAUCUGUCCUUCGACUACACCCCAAAACCAAAACCAUUGCCGAUGCCUGACUUAGAAGAAGAAGAAGAAAUAGCAUCAGAACCAGCUCUUCCUGCAAAUAUGGAGUUCACCCUCCUAUCAACCUUGAAUGCCACUCAAGAAGCUGAGGAAAAAUUGUUGUUGGCCACUUCCGGGAGAUAG